AUGCCGACCGACUCCGUCCGUCUGGCGAUGACGGCGAUGGACCUAACGGCGCCUCAUUGGUGGCGCCCCCACCAAUCCACAGAUCCUGAAGGGCUGUGGAUUCGCGAGAGACAUGUCGGGCAGCCAGUAUCCAAUAAGAAACGCUAUCUGAGACUCCCAGUCCAACCUAUGACGCAGGGCGACAUUCACGAUGCUCCUGUCGGAAUGCUCCGAUUCCACUUGAUGGGCUCUUACGUCAGAUGGGAUUUGGCAGGGGUCCAGUAUUACUGGAUGUAG